AAAACGACGUGGCCAAUCCCCAUUGCCACCAAUUCCACCACGCUGACUUUGUUUCAUUUCUCAUCUUGUUCAACCCUCUAAACCUCCAAACAAACUAUUAAAAAAUAUCUGUUUUUUGCUUUCGAUUUUUCCACUCAAACAUUAAAUCAUAAAAUCAAACUACACAAUUAUUUUUCAUUUUACUCAAAAUCCUAAAAGAAAAAGUUCAAACGAUGUCGUGGUGGCGGAACGCCGUGAACAAAGCCGUGGAGGUUGGGAACAAGAACAACCUGACACGCACUGUAAGGAACUAUGCCGACUCCGUUGUUCAACAGGCCGGCCAAGCUGUCGCUGAAGGAGCCAAAAUCUUGCAAGAUCGAAUUGGUGCACAGAAUUUUAGAAGCGUUAAGCAAACUAUCAAAAGAUUGGAGGAAGUUGCAAUCUCAUGUAGGGGCCCAGAAAGAGUAAUGUUGCUGAGAAGAUGGUUGAUUGUGCUUAAAGAGGCUGAGAGAUCAUCACGCUCUGUAUCUGAGGAUAAAGAAAACGUGCGUGAGCCUCAGGGGACUGAUGAAGGAAAGGACAGUGCAAGAAAAUCAGCUGUGCUUCUGUAUUAUGACUCUGAUGUUGGGGGUGAACCUUUGAACUUCCGUGAUGUUUUUCUCCAAAGUCAGGCUCUGGAGGGCAUAACAUUAUCCAUGAUUCUUGAAGCACCAAGUGAUGAAGAAAUUUCUUUGCUCCUGGAGAUGUUUGGGCUCUGCCUCACUGGAGGAAAAGAAGUGCAUAAUGCAAUAACAAGCAGUAUACAGGAUCUAGCUACCGUGCUCUCAAGCUAUGAAGAAGAAGUAUUGGUAAAACGGGAGGAAUUACUGCAGUUUGUACAAGGUGCCAUUUCAGGGUUGAAAAUUAAUGCUGAUAUCAUCAGAAUCAAUGCUGAAGCCUUUAACCUAAGGAAAAAACUUGAUGGAUUGAAUGCUUCACUAAAGCCUUCAAAUGAAGGUCUUGAGCAAGCAUAUGAAGAAACUACUAUGGCAACAAUAGAGUCUUUGAAAGAAGCACUUGCACAAGUUCGGGCUUGUUCCAGAUUGGAGGGUCUUUUGCUAAAAAAGAAAAUGUUGAACAGUGGAGACUCUCCUGAGAUACACGCUCAAAAGGUUGAGAAACUGAAGGUGUUGUCAGAAUCUCUGGCAAACUCUACCAUAAAAGCUGAAAAGCGAAUUUCAGAUCACAGACUACAAAAAGAGGAAGCACUAAAAGUGCGUGUGGUCAAGUCAAAUGAAGCUAAUGAAAAAGAAAAGGAAUUAGCAGCUGAGAUUGCGGAACUUGAAAAAGAAAGAGAUCAUCUCGAAGCUGAGCUAAAGAAGGUUAAUAUUACUUUGGCUGCUGCUCAUGCACGCCUUCGCAAUGCCAAGGAAGAGAGGGAACAAUUUGAUGAAGCUAACCAUCAGAUUGUUGAGCACUUGAAAACAAAGGAAGAUGAGCUCUUUAAAUCCAUUGCUGCAUGUAGGGUAGAAGCAGAUGUGCUCAAUACAUGGAUUAAUUUUUUGGAAGACACUUGGGUUCUCCAAUGCAAUUAUGCAGAAAUUAAGGAUAAGCAGGUCAAUGAUGAGUUGGAUAAGCAUGAGGACUAUUUUGUGAAGUUGGCCAUUUCCCUCCUCUCUGAUUACAAGAAAGAGUUGGGGCCUUCUGUUGUUCGUAUUGGAAAAUUUGUGGAGAACCUAAAGAAUUUGAGAGAAGGUUCCGAGAAGGAAUCAAGGGCAGAUAAUGAGGAUCCAAAGGAGCUGAACCCUAGGAAAAAUCUUGAGGAGGAAUAUCUGAACUAUGAAGCAAAGAUCAUAACCACCUUUAGUGUGGUAGAUAACAUGAAAGAGCAAUUUUAUGCUCCACAGGGAACAAAUUCCAGGAAAGAUGAUGUUACGGUUAAGGAGCUAUUUGAUGAUAUUGAGAAGUUGCGACAGGAAUUUGAAUCUAUUGAGAGACCAAAUUUGGAAUUGGAGACUCCUGCCUCAAAGGCUAAUGCCCCAGCUGAUGCUCCAGCUGAUACUCCAUCCAAUGAGAAACCACUGGGAAAUCCCUUCAAUACCCCUGCACAGGAAACCGCUACUGUAAAACCUAAGAUAAAUGAGCGUACUGAGAAAUCUGCCAACAAGGCAGAGCAGGUGCUGGACCCCGAAGCUGAGUUGGCAAAGUUUGAGUCUGAGUUUGGGAAGGUUGGUCAAGAUUACACAGGAGAAGAAAUUGGUGAUUGGGAGUUUGAUGAGCUUGAAAAGGAGUUAAAAUCUGAAGGUUCAGCAGCAAACAAAUAACUCAAAUUUCUUAGUCAAAUUAGUGAUCCUUAGUGUCGAAAUCUAAUAACCAAAGCAUGCAUAAACAUGCUAUAAAUUUGUAUCAAACCUCUCCAAAAGCUGCAUUUUAGAUCAUAGGUUUUUUUUUUUUAAAUUUUUUGUAACUUUUGUGUAACACUGUAUGGAAUGCUUGAUUUAUUGAUUCUUCUGUAAAUUCUCAAAACUUGUAUGUCGUAAUGUGGAAUUGAUGAAACAGACGAAUGAAAGUGCCUUUUAUGGA